UCAUCACAAUCAAUCUCAGCAAAAGCUUGUUCCGAAGUUCAGGCUCUGUUACUAAUCUGGUAAAACAAGAUGAUGAUAAUGGGUGUGUAGCUUUGGUGGUGGGAGUACUAGAUAAUGGGCCCAACAAAAUCUGCCUCAAUACCGAAGAAGUCAAAGGAUAAGGGAGUGAAGCGGAAGAAAACUAAGUCAUCAAAAAAGUCAAAUUCGACAUCAACUGAUGCAUCCAUUUCUGAUAAAAAUGGGAAAUCUAAUAGGAAGGAUGAAGAGACCGGAGGUCUGAAGCUACUUAAGCGGCAUUGUGUGACAAUGUCACGUAUUUCAAGGCGCAAGAGCUUGAGGCAGAAGAAAGUGGUUCUCUUCAACGCAAAAGGGACUCCAUGCGGGAAGGUAGCAAAGGAAAUGCAAUCAUAUAUUGGUGUCUUAGCUCGUAGAAAGAUACCAAUCAUAAGGACUACUUGGAGAACUAUCAAGAACCAUAUUGGAGGUGUCACAGCUGAGGAGAAAGAGAAAAUCUGGUUACGUGUGCAGGGAGCAUUUGAGAUUGGUCCUGAAAAAAGGAAAAUCGUAUUGGAAUCAGCUGCAUCAAAAUGGAGGGAAUUCAAGUCCCGGCUCACAAGGCAUUACAUUAUGCCUUACUUGGAUGACCCUGAAUCCUUGAAGUUUCCUCCGGAUGAUUAUAGAUUCAUCAAUAAGGAUCAUUGGACCCAAUUUGUGGCUGAACGGACAAACCCACAAUUUAUUGAAGUGCGUAGGUUGGCACAAGCUAGGCGUGCGAAGAAUAAGUAUCCCCACCGAAUGUCCCGUAAGGGAUAUGCUGGGUUGGAGGAAGAGCUGUCUACAACAAUGGAGGAGGAUGAAAUUGAUAGAGCGACACUAUGGAUCGCUGGACGACAGACCAAGCAGGGAACCUUCAAGGAUGAAGGGACGAAGCAGUGCGCUGAAAAAAUUAGGGACUUGAAGGAGAAGGUUGCUAGUGGAGAAUUAAGCACUAGUGGAAGUAAUGAUGUGUUAACCUUGGCUUUGGGCACUCCUGAGCAUGGUGGUAGAGUGCGAGGGGUGGGAGCUUAUGUGAAUCCCUCAUCUUAUUUUCACACCCCUAAACGUAGAAGGGAGAGCAUCCAAGAGACUAUUCGAAUCAGUGUGCAAAAAAUACUUGAAGAACAAAAAGAUAAGAUCAUUGAAGAGGCCAAGCAACAGGCAAUUAAAGAAGAGAGGGCAUUUUGGGUUCAUAAGCUUGCACAGCUGGAAGCAAAGGUAGACGCAAGGGAGGUUGGGAAAGUAGCUAGUUCUCCAGCAAUGCUAGAGAAAUACAUUCUGCAUGGAUCUGGGCAAGGCAGUUGUUCACAAACUGCAGGUCCAACAUGUGAUGAAGAUCGAUAUGCUCAAGUGCAAGACGAGGUACUGAAUGUUGUGGAUGGGAAAGCAAUUCAGAAAGCUUUGGUUGUAAUUGAGGAGAAAGCAAUGGAAUGUAAAAACAAAGUUUCAAAGAGGAAGGAGUGUGAUGGAAAAUUUGUUUUCAACUCCAAUAAAAAGGAUGAGCUAAGCAAGUUGAGUGAGCAUGAAAAGAAACAAGUGGCUGACCAUGGAGUUGAGGGACAAUUAGCUGGAGAGAAAGUGGUACAAGGAGUUGAGACUAGUGCCAAGUUCGCAUUAGGUUCAGUUGAUCAUAUUGUAGCUCUUGGCACUGUGAUGGAACACAAUGACCCCUCCCAACUUUGUCAUGGUUAUCCACUAGGGGAUAAUAAUUUGCGUGUUUCAGUCUCUGUUGCAAUUGAGGAGAACGCCUUAGUUCAGUUUUCUGUGGGUGAUGAAAUACGAACUGUUAGGCAGGCCAUGGGGAGUUGGGUACCAUGGCCGAAAGAGCUUGUCAUAAUGUCACCUGUGAAGAAACCUGAGAGGAGGAGAAAAAAAGAAAGUGGUGCAGGAAGACGAACUCUCUGAGGAUGAGUUGAGCCUACAAUCAUUGGCAGCUUCCUUACCAAAUUCAUUGAGCAUGUUGUGCAUGUGGGGUGA